GCCCGCAACCCGCGGAUGUACGCGAACCAGGACCCCAGCCGCGCGCGGCUGUUCGGCGGCGGCGGCGGCGACGUCGAGUCCGGUGCCGGCGGAUCGCAGAGCAGCGACCAAGACCUCGAGCGCGACAACGACGCGGCAUUGAACCGCAUGGGCGAUCGCGUCGCGAUGCUUCGAAAAAUCACCGGGGACAUUCACAAGGAGGCGGACUCGCACCACUCGUUGCUGGAUGGCAUAGGCAAUGCUAUGGGCGACGCGACCGGCGCGCUGUCGCAGACGUUGACGCAGUUCAGGUGCGUUCUGUGCGUGUUGCUUUCACCCAACUCCCCUCGGUUUCAACAUUUGAUCGCGUGGGUCCCUUUCAACUGACCGAUUCACAUCGUGUGUAUGGAAUCACCAUUAUCAUCAGAGAGGUAUUCGUGGAUAACAAAAACGGGCGGAAUUUUUGUUCACUAGUCGGGGGGAUGGUGUUCGUGAUUUGGCUGCUGUAUUACCUCUCUUCUUCCGGGGGUUGAGACGUGGCGAGACGAGACGAGGCGAUAUGAGGCGAAGCGAGACGAGGCGAGAAGUCGCGCGCGUAGUCUCCGUAGAGUCGAAUCGAUGAGACUGCCCUU